AUGGCGGCCGUGGAUAUGCAAAUGAGGUCGGGCGAACUGCCGGAGGAGCCCAAGAAGGAUCAUAAGAAGGACUCCAACGGAGUCAGCAAAAAUGAGGAGGAAAUGCAAUCGGGCAUCAAAACAUAUUACGAAAUGAAAAUUGAAGAAUACGAAUCGAUAAUAAAUAAAAAAUUACAAAACAAAAAGAGGUUGGAAGCACAGAGAAAUGAAUUAAAUACAAGAGUGAGGGAAUUGUGUGAUGAAAUUCAAUACCUCUUAGAAGCUGCGUCUUAUGUAGGAGAAAUAGUGAAGCCCAUGGGGAAAAAUAAAGUGCUAGUUAAAAUAAACCCAGAAGGUAAGUACGUAGUGGACAUAGCACAUAGCAUAAAUAUUGCACAAUGUACACCCAACACGAGAGUAGCAUUAUAUAACGACUCAUAUAAACUGCAUAAGAUCCUCCCGAGUAAAGUAGAUCCCCUUGUGUCUCUUAUGAAAGUGGAGAAGGUACCAGACUCGACGUAUGAAAUGGUGGGAGGAUUAGAUCAACAAGUAAAGGAAGUCAAAGAAGUAAUCGAGUUACCAGUGAAGCAUCCAGAAAUUUUCGAAUCUUUGGGAAUUUCACAACCUAAAGGGGUUCUACUAUAUGGUCCACCAGGGACAGGAAAAACGUUAUUAGCAAGAGCAGUAGCACAUCAUACAGACUGUACUUUUAUUCGAGUCUCUGGAUCUGAACUAGUCCAAAAAUACAUUGGUGAAGGAUCAAGAAUGGUAAGGGAAUUAUUUGUCAUGGCAAGGGAACAUGCACCAUCAAUCAUUUUUAUGGAUGAAAUUGAUUCUAUUGGAAGCCAGAGGAUAGAAGGAGAACAUGGAGACUCGGAAGUACAGAGAACUAUGAUGGAAUUACUUAAUCAGCUAGACGGAUUUGAAUCUACACAAAAUAUCAAAGUCAUCAUGUGUACGAACAGAAUUGAUAUCCUAGAUGAGGCUUUACUACGACCAGCUCGAAUGGAAAUUUUAAAAAUCCAUAGUAGGAAGAUGAACCUGAUGAGAGGAAUCGAUAUGAUGAAAAUUGCUACUGAUAUGAAUAACUGUUCUGGGGCGGAGGUGAAGGCUGUUUGUACGGAGGCUGGUAUGUUUGCUCUACGCGAGAGGCGUGUCCACGUCACGCAGGAGGACUUCGAGAUGGCCGUCGCCAAGGUUAUGAAGCAGGACGCAGAGAAGAACUUCACCCUGCGCAAGUUGUGGAAGUAG